AUGUCAUCUCAGUCGGAAGACUAUCAGCGAUGUAUUAUAGACAACUUGGUGGAACUUGUUCAAGCGUUGUGUGUGUCUGCUCUAUUUGACCAUUUACUCUCACGUCGUCUUGUAACUUUAGAAGAACGUGAUAGAUUGAGGCAAUGUUCUACUGAGCAAGAGAGAGCUCGCAUGCUGCUAUGCGAUGUUUUUCGAUACAAAGAAAACGUAGUUGAUCGGUUCUGCGAUGUUCUCAAGGAAGCAGGUCAGCUACAUAUCGUUAGAGACGUUAUGAAGAGAGGAGGCAUGGUUUGUGCAGAUGAGCCUGCAAGUCUGCAGACAGUACAGCAACAGCAGACCAUUCAACAAUCAGAACCUAAUGAGCAGCAUGAUGGGCUCAAUGGACAGGAGAAAAGCAUGACAGAAUUUGUACAGCAGCAAGGUAGUAUGACUGAACCUUCUGAAGACAACUGCAGCAGAGAAAGGGAGGUAUUGUUGCAGCAGAAAGAUGGAACUAGUGGAUCAACAGUGGAAGCAGCUACAACUUCACAACAAGAUCUCGAGGUAGAUUCUGAAUGGAAGGAGCUUUUGAAGCAUUGUCUUCCUGAUCUUCUAGCUGCUCUUCGCCCAAGUUUGUGUUUGGAUCAACUUCGAGGUUCUAAUUUACUUUCUCAAGAAGAACACACAGACCUGCAAGAAGAGUUAUUGUCUGAAACUGAUCAAUCAGACAGACUUGUAAGUACUAUUCUUCCUCGAAAAGGAAAGGGAUCAUUUGAAUCGUUUUGUAAGAUUCUUUGUAAUGUGGAGAAUCAAAAUCAUAUUGUAAGUGAAGUUCUGAAGGUCCAGAAUCCAUCCUUACUUUCUACCUGUGCUGACAUUUCACCUAGUGAGGAAACGAUUGGUCAAUCUGACAGCAGUGAGACACUCCAAAGGAAAAGACUACAUGAACGUUCUAGUGACUCAUCUCAUUCUAAACGAUCGUGUGUUGAUGCAAGAAUUGGAAGUGCAACUUUCUUUUUUAGAAAGAAAGAUAAAGAAACUGUCAAUAACUGGAAGGAGAGUAUUAGAAAAAUGUGUCGAAAAUGUUAUAAAAUAUCAAAAAAGGAUGUAAAGUUUGUGUACAGUCUUCCACCAACUGGUCAAGUGGAUUUGAAAUUCUUUGGUGACACAGUCAACAAGGUAGCUGUAAUUCACUUGGAUGGUGUAGCACCAUAUCGUGUUGAAAGCCACAAGGGACGGUUUGUUUCUUUUGUUGCUGGCUUCAUGAAUGUGAAAGAAGAUCACAUUCAUUAUAAGGGAGCAACUAAAGGCUCAGCUCUUGUUCUGUUUCAAAUGCGAAUGGAUGACUACUUUAGACUUUUUUCUGCACUGACAGUGGAAGAACGAUGCAUUGCACUUUAUCAAACAUUGAAAUGGACAUUUCCAGAAUUAGUUGGGGUCAAGUUUAGGUUAGGUGGUUUGCCAGCAGUGGAGUUGAGCAAUUUAGGAGUGAGCUUGGAGAGAGUGUUGAUGGAUGAAAGAAGCAAAUUGAGAAUUUUGAAGAUGAACCAGAUGACCUUGUUGUUACUGUCAGUGAUUGCUUUACAAUUGAAGUACAUGAACAUUGAGAAACACAUAUGUGAUUUGAAGGAAGAUGUUGAUGGUCUGACUAAUGAUCUGUCGAGUUCAAAGAAUCAGAUCAUGACAUUACAGGAAACAGUUCUAGAUGCAAAGAUUUCAAGCAGACAGAACAGAAGAGUGUUGAAUAAACUUGGGAAUGACAGAAUUGAUGAUGCAGUUAAGGAAAUUGUAGAAGACAAGAAUUCCAUUGCUACACGUUUUAGAAGAAUGGAAGUGAGAGAGCAUACAAUUGCAAGAGAUGUAAAUGAAAAACUUGAUGUGAUUAAAGGGCUUGGAGAAGAAGUAGAGACAAAGUUAUCACAAAGACCACAAUUGGCAGAGUUAACUGCAUACAGUCACUCAUUGAUAGAAGGAUUACAAGCAAGAGUAGCUAAUCUCAAGCUUUCUAGGAAAAUACCUAAAAUGGGUUUAAUGAUUUUGACAACAGAAGAUGUGGAAAGUGCAGGGAAUAGUAUUGGAGGUGAAUACAAACCGUUACAAGAAGCAUCCAUGUGGUCACAUGAGCACAAGUGUGGGUCUGCAUCACGUUACAUGCAGCGUGACGUCAGAUCACAACAAUUUGAAACUGCAGAAAAUCAGCAAGAACCAUUGCCACACCCAUGCCCACUUUCCUUGCUCUCACGUGCGUGUGCAGACACUGAAGAACUCGAUGAUCCAGAGUCUACCAAAGAACUUGAAGAGACCGACAAAGAAUCUGCGCAUGCGUGUUGUCCAUUAAUAUUAGACAAUGAGGCGUGGCCAGUUAUUCGCAGUAACUACUACUUCUUGUCUCAAAAACUUUAUUUGAGUCACGAAUUUCUCAUCCGUCUGUUUGAGCAACGUUUCAUAACAAAAGAUGACUAUGAAUAUCUCAACAGCAGAUUUGUCACUCGCAGAGACAAAGUCGAUCGUCUCCUUAUGGACAUUCUUCCCAGUAAACCAGCUGAUAUGUUUUAUGCUUUCUGUGACAUCCUUCGUGUUGUGGGUCAAUCGCAUGUCGCUGAAAAGUUAGAAGAAAAUCCUCAGACAGUUGAGCUUGUCUCACCAGGAAUGAAGAGGUCACAAGAAAGUGUUAGUCUUCAAAGGCAAGUGGAGCUGCUGCUUGUUGAAGUGUCUCAACUGGACAGGGAAAGAAGAGCAGCCGUCACACAUGGAGAGGAAAUGGCAAAACACGAGAGACGACAAGCUGAUGCUGAAAUGAUACGAGCAGAUGCUGCAGAACGAGCAGAUGGUGCAGAGGCACGAGCUGAUACUGAAAAGGUUCAAGCAGAUAGUGCAGUGGCACGAGUGAAGGAAGUGGAGACAGAAAAGAUGGGAAUAGAAUGGACAAAUUUGUCAUUUCGAUGUUAUCAUCGACAUUCAGAUAAUUAUAGCCAGAUCAAUGACAGUCUGCCAUCAUGGACACAGUGGAAUGUACACAUGCCUCAUGGCAGUUGGUUGCCAUAUAAUAGAAUGGGAGAGAUUGAAGGCAGACUAGUGGUAGGAGGUUAUGAUAAUAAUCUGCAUGUUCUCACUUAUGAACAUGAUAAGUGGGACAAGUUUGUCAGAAAGAAUGGUUACAUCUGGAAUGUAGUGUGUCAUCAAGGUGUGUGUCUGGUGUUUGUGAAGGAUGAAGAUAAAGAUCAGUUUGUGAUUGAACAAUUUUAUUUGAAUGAAGACAAGAAAUGGCGUUUCCUCACAGUUCUACCAAACGAACUGCAGUUGUAUGGUGUAUCUGUUGCUCUUCAUGACAACUCACUGUAUGUGGUGGGUGGUAGGACUAAGUCAGGGGAGAGAGUGAACACAGCACGUGUGUAUGACCUUCACAGCGGUCAUUGGUAUAAGAUGGAUGACAUGCAAACAAAACGUCGUUCCUGUUCUUCUGUUAUUAUAAACAACACAGUGUUUGUAGGGGGAGGAAUGACUGAUGGACAUAACUUUAGUAAUAUUGUUGAGUGUGCAGAUGUUCGUGAUAGAAAAUGGAGAACAAUCCCCUCUACAACCACAUAUGACCCAACACUGACGUCAAUCAGUAACAGACUGGUGGGGACUGGAGGAACGACACAACAGAGGUUUAAUCCUGGAUUUCCUUCUAAUAUUGUAGAAUUAUAUGAUGAGAGAUCUACCAAAUGGCUUCCUCUGCCACACAUGACACACAAACGGUGGUUCCAUGCUGCAUUCUCAACUCAGAAUGGAGAACUCACUACAGCAGGAGGGGAUCCUGAAUAUUCAAUAGAAAGUCUGAAGUGUGACUAAUGUUUUCUAUUUUAUAUUAUAAUUUCUAGUGG